AUGUCCCUUCGCCCAGACAAAUAUUCAGGUGUUCUCAAUGUAAUAAUCAGAUCAUCUGAUAGAUUGGUAGAUAGAAUCUUCUAUUUCUGUAGUAUGGCCAAUAAAUCUUUUGCUGAUGAUUUUGGCGGUGAAGGAGGUAAUGUUAAACCAGCAACCCUCAUCAAACCACCCACAAAACCAAACCCCAAACCCAAAAACUCAACAUCAUUCUGUACUUACUAUAGUACUCCCCGAUCACCAUGUAUGGCUUUAACCUUUAAUCAUGCAUCAAUCUAUAUAAUUCAAUCCAAGAAAACGAUACAUGGUAUAAUGGAACAACAACACAAUUAUAGAAAAGAGAGAGAGAUGGUGAUUCCAGAAUUCUUCAAAGGAAAGAAUCUAUUGAUUACUGGAACAACAGGUUUUGUUGGAAAGGUGUUGUUGGAGAAGCUUGUUCGUGAUAUUCCAGACAUUGGUUUUAUCUAUAUAGUGAUUCGUGGAGCAAAUGCAAAGGAAAGAUUCGAAGAUGAUAUCAUGACGUCGCGUAUUUGGGACGUUUUACGUGAACGUAUGGGACAAGAGGCUGCAGAUCGUCACAUUCGUGAACACGUGAUUCCAUUGUCUGGUGAUUUGUCAAAGGACAACUUGGCAUUGUCACCCGAAGACUACCGUAUGGUGAUCGAGCGUUGCAACAUCAUUUUACAUUGCGCCGCCUCGAUUGAUUUUAGAGAACGUUUGGACAAGGCCAUCGAAUCCAAUCUCUAUGGUUCGUUGCGUAUGUUGGAGCUUGCCAAGCAGCUCAAGAACCUCGUCGCCAUGGUUCAUUGCUCGACCGCCUAUGUCAACUCGAAUCGUGAGGGUUGGUUGGACGAAGAGUUGCCCGUACUCGACUUUAACCCCGAAGAGAUGGUCGAGUUGAUCAUGAAGCAGGACGUACAGACCAUCGAAAAGAUCACACCCAACCUUUUGGGCGCCUACCCCAACACCUACACCUUUACCAAGGCCAUCACCGAGCGUAUUCUCGCUCUCCGUCGUGGUGACGUUCCAUUGUGCUUUGUCCGUCCAACCAUUGUUGGAGGUUCGCUCAAAGAGCCCGUUCCAGGUUGGGUCGACUCUGUCGCCGCCGUCGGUGCCGUCAUGCUCUACUGUGGUGUCGGUCUCGUCAAGUUUAUGAAGGGUGAAGGCCGUAUGGUCGCCGAUAUCGUCCCAGUCGACUAUGUCGCCAAUGCCAUGAUCUCUGUCGUUCCAUCUAUUGCCAAUCAAAAUGUUCUUCAAAUUUAUCAAAUUGGUACAAGUCACAGAAAUCCAGUUUCAUGGAAUAGUGCAGCUCAUUGGGUAUCUGAAUACUGGCGUAAUCAUACACCCAAGAAAGCUAUUGCUCGUAGCAGUUUCUCAUUCCACAACAAUGUGAUGUAUGAAGCACACUUUUUCAUGAAAUACGGUAUUCCAUCGUUCCUUUUACAGAUGAUGGCGUUCUUUACUGGAAAGGAGGACACCAAGAACAAGGCAGAGUCAUUUAAAAAGGUGGUCAAGGCCGCCCGUCUCAUCACCGACACGUUCCAACAUUUCACAGCCCACGAGUGGGUAUUUUCCGUGUCGACCCUCGAAAAGGUGUUUGUCGAUGUUUUGAACGCCGACGACCGCCAACGCUUCAACUGCGACGCAGCCAACAUCAACUGGCAGUCAUACCUUUGCUAUUUCUGCUACGGUCUCCACAAGUUUGUACUCAAGGAGGAAGGUGUGCGUCCACCAACCGAGCUACUCAACACGAGUCUUAUCACCAAGUCGGACCUCAACGCUACGUCGGGCGGUGUCUUGCAAUGGAUCUUUGCCGAUGUGUCGUGGGCUUACACUAGCUUCCGUCACGUCACCCAAACACCAUUGCCACCCCGUGCACCCGCCGAGAUCCGUUCGCUCGUCAUGAACAGCCCGCGUGUCCAAAUGGCCAUGGAAAAGGUGUCGCGCGAGGAAGGCGUCCUCGUCAGCGAGAUUGAACGUCGUGCCUCCCAAGUCAUGGACCGUAUGCAGUCCAACCUCAACGUCAUGGUCGUGCGUGUGCUCGGCUGGUUCCUCAAAAAGGUGUGGCGUAAGAUCUACCAAGGCAUCCAUGUCGACGAGAAGGGUAUUGAAGCCAUCCGUGCCGCCAUCCAAAAGGCACCCGUUGUGCUCAUCCCCACACACCGUUCCUACAUUGAUUUCCUCAUCAUCUCGUACAUCUUUUUCGAGUACAACCUGCCAAUGCCCCACAUUGCCGCAGGAGAGGAUUUCCUUGGCAUCAUCCUCGUCAACUGGUUCCUCCGUAACGCCGGCGCCUUCUUUUUGCGUCGUUCCUUCCACGGAGACCCACUGUACUGGGCCAUCUUUAGCGAGUACGUCCAACGUCUCGUCAUUGACAACCAACCGGUCGAGUUCUUUAUCGAGGGCAAGCGUUCGCGUACCGGCAAGAGCUUGCACCCCAAGCUCGGCCUCUUGGCCAUGGUCGCCAACCCAUACUUUGAGGGUCGCGUCCAAGACGUCCAAGUCGCACCCAUCGGCAUCUCCUACGAAAAGGUGUUGGAGGGAGAACUCUACUCAAACGAAAUGAUGGGCGAGAACAAGACCAAGGAGAGCUUAAACGGCCUCUUCCGUGCCACCAAGAUUCUCCAAAUGAACUGGGGUCGCAUCAACGUUGUCUUUGCCCCACCCAUCUCGAUGAAGGCCUAUGCCGAGGACAUGACCGCUUCCGUCUCUGCCUCGCGUCGUCUCAACCCACCCCCAACAGUGCCCGCCCCCUCUGCACACGCCAACCCCGCCACCGCAUCGCCUGCCCCCACCACCCCCGCCAACAUCUCUGAAGGUGACUUUGAGCAGAUUUCGUCGACCCACGGCAACACCCGCGCACCCGGCUCGAUUUUCGACCCGUACAACAACACUGACGACCGUCGUAUGCUCAUCCAAGACCUCGGAUACCGUAUCGUCAACGACCUCAACAAGUCGGCCAUCAUCACCACCACUGCCACCGUCGCCACCAUCUUGCUCACCUUCCGUCGUGGUAUCAGCCGUGAAGAGCUCAUCAGUCGUGUCGAAUGGUUGCGUGACGAGAUCCUCCUCCGCGGCGGCGACGUUGCCUUUGAGGGUCCAUCGGACGCUCUCGUCGACCACUCGCUCAAGCUCCUCAGCAACCUCAUCUCUAAGCGUCGUAACAUGUACGAACCAGCAGGAUCGCAACAAAACAACAACAACAACUACAAGCGCAAUAUCCUCGUCCUCUCGUUCUACCGUAACCAAUUGCUCCAUCACUUCCUCUGGGAUGGUCUCAUCUCUUGUGCAUUGUUAAGUGCUAUCAAUAGACAAAAACCAACUAGUUCUUCAUCCAGCUACAAUAGUAAUCUAAAGAUUAAAGAGAGUGAAUUGAUUGGCGAUGUCAAGUUCUUGUUUGAGAUCAUGUCGGUAGAGUUUGUAAACAAACCAGGUACCGAUAGCGAACACAACAUUUUAGAGCAUAUCAACCGUAUGGUUCAACGUGGUUAUUUGGCCAAGUCUGCUCAAGGUGAAUACAGCAUCAACUCGUCGGGAGAAAGUGCAGUCACCUUUUUUGCCAACCUCUUUUGUCCAAUCGUCGAGGGUUACAUGGUAGCCAUGUUGACCUUGUUCUCGAUCCAACCAGAUAUCUCUGUCAAAAAGAACGUCUUCCUCCAACGUGUCGGAUGGUUCUCUGAAAAGAUGUACGAAGAGGGCAGUCUCAACUAUUACGAGUCUUGCUCUAUGGAAAUGUUGGCCAACUCUGUCCAUCUCUUUACCCAACUCAAGAUCAUCACCAAGAAGAAGCACACCGAGGUUGUCGGCAAGAGAACCACUCGUCAAAGCACCAAAAAGGAGAAAAAGCCAACCCGUCGUCAACAACAACAAGAAGCCGAAGAAUACAUCCAACUCUUGGCUCCAUACAAAGAAAAGGAUGGCAAGUUGAGAGAAUUGGCUGAAAAAUUAUCCUCUUAUCUAGAAGAUAUAGAUACAGAUAUAAAUCAAAUGGGAAAGAAACAACAACAAACUAAACCAACAACAACAACAACAACAACUAAUAAUACAACAAACACUACUAUUAAUAGUCCACAAGUAGACUAUUGGAAAUCUAAGCUACUUGUAGAUUUUAAUCAUAAUGUUGAUGAAGAAAUAACAGUAGCUGUAGCAGUAGCAGAUAAAGAAAAAGAUCUAAUUGAAUCAACUACAACUACUACAACUACUACAGAUAAUAAUGAAAUAGUUUUAACAACAACAACAAUUAAUUCUUCAGCUAAAUUAAUUAAAGAAUUAUAUACAAAUUAUUUGGAUAGAUGUAAAGAGGAUAAAGAAGAUACUGUAUACUUUUCACAAAACUAUUGUGAAAUUGCUAAAGGUAUAUUUAGUGAGACACUCACUACUUUGACUGAACUCAUCUUGGAGAGAGACUUGGGAGGUGUUCAAUAUCAAUUACAAUCAGAGUUGAAGAGAAAUGCUGACUUUUUCACAGACCUUACAUCUACCAUUAAAAAGAAGGAUAGAAAUGGUAGAAUAUUGGUCAAUGUUCAACAACAAUGUCAAAUCAACAAGUUGUCUCUUCUCUUUGCCGUCGCGACAAAUGAUAUUAAAAUCGUUGAUUUGAUGCUCAAAAAUGGUGCCACUGCUAUUAUCAAUGUUGGAGAUACUGUCACCAAGAUUACUCCACUUCACAUGUCAUUCAUUAUGGGUAACACUGCCAUUGCAAAGUUGUUAUUGGAGAAUGGUGCCAAUUACGAUUUGAUGGAUGGAUUCCGUGCUCGUCCACUCGACUAUGCUCGUUUAAGAAAGAUGACCUCCAUGUCAAUUCCACCACGCCCACAAACCGUAUCGAUCUACAACUACAAGAAUAGUGCAACUGUUGAAAGUUGGACACUCGACCGAUUCGAACGUGAACUUUCCAUUCACUAUGAUGCAUCGAUUACAGCAUCACUAGAAUACCUCAUUGAACUUUGUUUUAGUUCCUUUCAAAUCAAUGCCGAUCAAACAUUUAGAGACAAGUAUCUCAAGAUGAUUGAGAGAUCGGGUGGCGAGGAGAACGUUAUUGUCGGUUGGAUAUCGGAUCAGGUGGGAUGGGGUCUCUAUGCCAACAAGGAUUUCCAAAAGGGCGAGUAUAUAGUUAGAUAUGGAGGUCGUAUCAACUCGGCUGAAAACAUGGUCACCCAUUGCUACAACAUGAUGUCGUCAAUGGACGGUUUCGGUCUCGACGCCUACCGACAUCGAUCGAUGGGUGGCAUGAUCAACCACUCUGCCAAGCACAAGAACGCCGAGUCGGAAUGUAUAUUUGAAUAUGGUGCUGAACAAGCAAUCAUCACGGCCACCAAAUUUAUCGGACGUGGUCAACAAAUAUUUAUAGAUUAUUCAAACAGCUACUGGAAUCCCGAUCAAGAUGACAACGAUGAUGAUAAUGGUAAUAAUCUUAAGGAAUAA